CUUCUGUGUCAUUGGUUGUUUAUAGUCACCUGAUAAGGGUCAUUUCCUUUGGUUGUGCUGUUGAUUGUGAUGCUGGAAGGAAAUAAGCUGCAUUCCAGGUCAGUUUAUAUGCACAACUACACACUAAUCUAUAUGAAUAACAGCAGCAGUUUAACUCAAGUGAAUGCGACCUACAUUGGGAAAAAUAUAUGCAGAGUUGUGUGAAGUUAGACUGCUGUUUGUUCCUUAUAACAAUGCCUAUUGUGUUGCCAAGCAUAAUGAAAGAUAGAUAGUAAAAGCCUAAAUCAUGAUAAUCUGGAAACUAGCAUUUCAAAGUGACAAGUAACUGUGCAGUUACUGCAGAUUACAUUGCUAUUGUAAGCACGGUUUUAUUCUGACUGCAUACAGUAUAACAAUAUAGCUACAGCUCUCCGAGUUCACGGCAGUGCAUUGUUAAUAGCAAUAGCUAAACAAAUUUAAGCACCAUAAUCAUUUUCGAUAAAUGUAUUGAGAAAUGAAGGACGCUUGAAUCUCCUUUUAGUAUUUUAAUGACAAAGAUGGGUCUAACAACAGCACAAAAAACAGGAAGUGUGUGGUUUCCUGCAUCACAGAUUCCAGCACAGCAAAAAAAAACCCAAAAAACAGAGAGACGUGACCUGGGGGAGAUUUGCUGUAAUCAUGGAAGAGAGACUGUGUCAGUACUGUACAGGUGGAACUUUAUCUGUCACCCAGGCAGUAUAAAUAAGACUAGGAGCACAAAGUACAGACUCAAGAGAAAUAUAGCAGACCACUAUGGGAAUCCUAUUCAGCUCAAUCUACAAAGCCUUCUAUGGUGUGCAGGCCAGGAUCCUCAUGUUAGGGCUUGACGCUGCUGGAAAGACCACUAUCCUGUACAAACUGAAGCUCAAUGAAGUCGUCUCUACCAUCCCCACCAUUGGCUUCAACGUGGAGACUGUGGAACCCAUGAGAGGCGUGUCCUUCACCGUGUGGGACGUUGCCGGCCAGGGCAGGAUCAUGGGUCUGUGGAAACACUACUACACUAACACAGAGGGGCUGCUCUUCGUGGUGGACAGCUUUGACCAUGAGCGCUUUGAUGAAGCCAGAGAAGAGCUGGAAGGGAUCCUGAGCCAUGACGAAAUGAGCAAGGUGCCCUUCGUCGUCCUGGCCAACAAGCAGGACCUGCCAGGAGCCUGCAGUGCCUCCGACCUUGUGGAGGCGUUGGGACUGAACAAGCAGAGAGACCACGAAUGGCAGGUGCAGGGCUGUUGUGCGGUCAACGGGGAAGGGAUAGUGGAGGGCAUACAGAGACUCACUGGGAUGGUCAAACAGUUCCAGAAGACAAGAGGAUUUUAGCAGGGAUGUUUUCUUAACUACAUGGUAAUAGAAUACUUUCCAAACUCAAGUAUGAGGCGCUGCUGGGUGAGGGCAUCUAGUUUUUAGUUUUGAUUUAAGUUGAUUUGUUUGUACUGCCUCAACUGAUAAUCCUUCUGUCAUGCAAAUAUGCAUGUAACAUUGUGCAAAUGUUGGCAACUAUGUGGUCAGAUCUACUUGCACUUAAUUUUUAUUUAUUUAUUUUAUGUUUGGCUAUACCGCUCAAUAGGGUACAGUGAAAAUCAAAGUUUGUGUCUGUUCCAGAAUUUUUAUUUCAUAAGCCCAGCACUGUUAGGAAAAAUGGUUACUGAGUUACCUUUUGCUGUCAUUUUAAAAAUUUUACCUAAAGAUGGAACAAAAUGAAUAGUUGAAAUAAAUGUUACUAUAUUUUGUCACACACACUUUUAAUUAUGUUUCUGUGAAAUGUGUUUUUAAGAACAAAAUUGUAUAGCAACUUGUCUGCUUUUUACUUGUUGUUACCGAUAUUCAAAUAAA